AUGGCGUCCAUCCCCUUCACUGAGGAAGACCUCCAUGAGCUCUACACGUGGGUGGAUGAGAUCCCAAUCUCACGGCCGAAGCGUAACAUCGCCCGUGACUUCGCCGAUGGCUGCUCCGUGGCAGAGAUACUUAAGUUCUUCUUCCCGAAGUUAGUUGAGCUACACAACUAUGUCCCGGCAAUGUCGCACGCGAAGAAGUUGGACAACUGGAACACGCUCAAUACCAAGGUGCUGCGCAAGCUGUACUUCGAGGUUCCCCCAGAGGAGGUGGAAGACAUCAUAGCAGCCGUGCCCGGCGCCAUCGAGCGCUUCCUGCGGGCCCUACGGUUGAAGGUCGCACAGAUCAAAACGAGGCGGGACGAGAUGAUAAUGAUGGGGGAGAUUCCGGGGUGUGAGAGGAUGCAAUGUGCGAACCCAUCACAGGUGCAGCUGCAUCCUCGAGGUGAUCAUGCGAGAGAUGAUGGAGGCUCUACCGCUGCGACUUACCGCGGAAGCAAGCGGCCCUCGUUUGUGGCGCCGCCUCCCCGAUCUGUAUCGUCUCAGAGGUCUGCCUCAGCAGACCUGCAGGCAGCCUCACGGCAAGCACAGCCACAACGACAGCCAGCGGCGUUGGCUGUGAAUGAAGAAGCGAGCUUGGCACAUGUUGUGCGUGAGAAGGACUAUACAAUUCAAGAACUGCGCGAGACGGUCGUCAUUCUCUCAGAGAAAAUUGUGAAGUUAGAGGAGCUGGUUCGUGUGAAGGAUGAGAAGCUUAGUCAAUACCGCCAGAAAUUUGGCCGCAUGCUAGCAUAG